AUGUGGAAGAUCUGGGUGUUUUUGAGCUGUCAUGUCAGCUUCACCAAUUUGAAGUGCGAAAUGAUCGACAGCAAUUUUGGAAGUUUUGAAAUAUGUCGAAUAAAGGCAGUGAAUCGAACGCAUAAAUACAUUGAUCUACAUUUGAAACUAAAUAAACUUCCCAUCAAUACUCUAAUGGUAAAAUUAGAAGCUAUGAGAUUCGACAAUGGAUAUAGGCCGUUUUUUACGGCUAUGAAGUUUAAUUUUUGCCAGUAUAUGAAGAAUCCACAACAUCGAUCAAUGAUAUUUUUAAAAGAAAUACACUCAACGUUCGUCAAUGCUUCAAACUUUAAUCAUACUUGCCCUUACAAUCAUGAUAUUUUGGUUGACAAAUUUUGGACUGGCAAUCUGGAACAGGCGUUCCUACAAUAUCUUCCGGUGCCCAAUGGAGAGUAUGCCCUCUACUCAACGUAUUAUAUUCCAAACAAGCCUCGCUUGUUGAUCAAUGCUUACUUUAAAAUAAAAAACUGA